AUGGAACAUUCUGAAAUGGAACUGAAAGAUGCGAGUUCCACUGCUUCAUUGGAAGGCAUGGACUCUGAUAACUCUAAUGAGACGGAUGAGUCGACGCCAUCCUCGAGAUCACAACAAAUAGCGAUUGCCAAAGCAGAGAAGGCGAAAGCUAUUCGUCAAGCUUGCAUUUCGCGUGAUCUAGAAGCAUUAGCGUCAUUAGCAACGUCCGAAGGCGGGUUGUUAGAGGAUGAAUUGCGGCAAGUAGCAUGGCCCAUUCUUUUACGAUGCGAUGAAAAAUCACGACAUGACGAACCUGUUCCAAGUGAUGAGCUUGCACGGCAUGUUGAUGAAGAUCAGGUAGAACUCGACGUCAACAGGUCAUUCGUUUACUAUCCAAAAUCGCCGGAAGCAGAACUUCUAAACAAGAAAAAUCAACUAUCAAAAUUGAUCACCCAAGUCCUUAGGAACUAUCCAAUGUUAUGCUAUUUCCAAGGAUAUCACGACAUAGUCCAAGUUCUUCUUCUGGUAUUGGGCGAGAAGAAGGCCCUGCCAGCUGUGGCACAAAUCUCUCUCUUCCGCAUCAGAGACUACAUGCUUCCAUCACUCUCACCAGCCGUGAAACAUUUGCACUUAAUUCCUGCCAUCAUCGAAACAACAGACUCCGAACUAUGGCGGCACCUUGGCAACAUUCAACCCUUCUUCGCUCUCGCAGCCACUCUUACUCUUUACGCCCAUGACAUCCAAGAAUACAGCAACAUUGCUCGACUUUUUGACUUCCUUCUAGCCCGGGAACCUGUCGUUGCAAUCUACCUUUUUGCAGCAAUGAUCCUGUCGAGGAAGAAAGAGCUGUUAGGCAUCCCCGAAGACGAACCUGAAAUGCUCCACUUCACACUUUCCAAGCUCCCAAACCCGCUUGAUUUGGAUGGCCACAUCCAGAAUGCGACAAAGCUAUUCAAGGACCACCCACCAGAAUCCUUGCCGCUCGGUGCUUGGAAACAUAUUCCUUGGUGCAGCGUGCUCAAAACUUCACGAGAUCCAUAUCAAGAAUAUGCAGUAGAAGAUGCAGUGUAUCUGUUUGAUCAACAGACCCGACAGCUUCGCUAUGAGGAGCGCAAGAAACAGGCUCUCGACUUUAUGUGGAGCCAUCGUCGCUCUGUUGGCUCUGUGGCAUUGGCUAUUUUGGUUGGAGCGGCGUCCAUCUACCUCCGAAAGAAGGGAUUGGACAAUGCUAUCUUGUCCUAUGCUGCUCGAGUUCAAAAAGUGAUUCGGAGGUGGAUUUCUUCUCUUCAAUGA